UUAUAGAGACUACUUACAUUUUUUUCUUUGAUUUUGAUUCUGUCUUGAGAACUUGAGAGGAAGAAUUUUACCGUUUCUGGUGUUCAAGAAACCCCUGGAAGCGCCCAUACGUGCCUUUAAAGCACACAUGUGCGUGGCGUGGGGAGGCCACGCGCCCGGACUUCAAAGUCUCUCCCUGUAGAAAUCAUGGCUCCUCUCGUCUUACUUCUGCUCCUUCUAGCUAGAGUGGAAGGACUUGAGAACUCUGCCAGGCCGUCCUGCAAGACGUGCAGUCAGAGUUCCAGUGAUCGCGGGAGUGUAGUAAACUGCAUAAAUGGGUGUGCGGCUAUCAAAAAAGAUGACUGCCUGGAGUCGUCGUUUGGGGACGACGUGCCUCCUGCCCCCGUAGAGCUGCAGGUCAAAGGAUGGAACAAAGACACCGUCAGGAUCACAUGGAAGACAAACGCUACCGCCUCGGGUAUUGAGUUCCUGAGAGGAUUUCAGAUCCAACUGAACUUGAGGUCCAUGCAGGAACACAGGCCGUGUAGUCAAAUAAUCAUCCCAGAAGGCGUGCGGUUACAGCCUACAGACAGUGAGUUGAUCUUUCAAGAAGAAGUGUCUGGUCUAUAUCAGGAGGACUACGAUGUCAUUGUGCAGUCUCUGCCGAAAAGCCAAGAUAGGGACAAUGGCAACUAUCUACAACAAACGUAUCACUAUAAGGCCCAAAACCCCAAAAGGCGCCGUGGCAGGGCAGACAAAGGUUGUAGCGACGCCAACAGAUGGCGCCCUGAGAAACUCAAUGUUACAACAGUGGGCCGUCAGAUCUUCAUCAGAGCAAAGACAAAGACCACGCAAAGAGGACGAAUAAACUGCAUAAACCAGUACGCCCUAUACUUAGGCAAGAUACAAGGGAACCAAAAGUCUCCAGCCGUAGAAGACACUAUCUACAUAAACUUGACACCUGAAGAGAGUAAUCAAGAAUACUUCAACUACACGAUCUCAGACCUGUCACCAGGAAACUACACACUACAGUAUGCCAUUUCGUUGAAACUAAAGUUUGUGCACGAUCCCUGGCGAUCAUAUCCAGUAAAUGUUACAGUGCAAGAUUGGAAGCCAAACAACGUCACCACCCAGACGAACGGACGUAACGUAACAGUCCGCUUCGACGCCCCACCGCUGAAGUACAACAUCUCGAAGUGCUACGUCAGGCUUUUCCGCUAUGACGACGAACUGGAUUUCAAAUCCAAUGAGUUUGACCCUAACCAAACGGUUGUAACUGUUCACCUUUGGAACCUUCCUCCAGACACGUACCGUGUUAAGGUGUCUGCACCGUUCGAAGACGCCUUUCCUUUUAAAGAAAAAGACUUCAGCAUUACAGAUUGGGUGCCGAAUCAGGAAGACAUAGAGCUGGUCCAGGACUCCAUGAGACCGACCGCGAACUCCACACGUUUGACCGUCUUCUUCCCCAAACCCCCACCAGACCACGACUAUCCCAGCUUUUACGUGUACUAUGGACCUCAGACUGACAAACUGCAGUACAUGGAAAUUUGUCAGCCUCAUGAUGACGACAGAAAGAACGUCACAGUGCAGUUGGAUGUCGUCCAGAGCAGCGACCUAUUUUUCCAGGUGUCACCUCCUUAUCCUGAUGCAGCCCGGAGUAAACUGAAACAUUUCCAGAUACCAGGAAAGGUUGUCAGCCCACAGACCUGGCCCCUACCCAUGAUCGGUGGUAUCGUCGGUGGAUUCUGCCUUAUCCUGAUUCUCGUCAUCAUGUACGUAAAGAGGAUGGUCGACAAGAAGUCUGCAUCAUUUACUGGCAUCAUUAAAGGGCUUAUUCCAGGUCGAAAGCCCAGCGGAGUACCCGAAAUUAAAGAAGCCAAAAAAGUCUUGGUGAUCUCCACAAAGAAUCCCCCCUCUCACGGGGGUCCAAAUGGAGCCGUCCACCACUUUGCGAAGCUCCUGCAAACGGGGCUGUACUGUGACGUCAUCACGGAGCUGACCAGUCAGAGGGAGGUGGACCUUGUGGGAGCGGCACAGUGGUACAUAGACAAGAUAGAAGCUGCCGACUAUACGGUGGUCGUCUGUCCACCCAACAACACUGGUGACGGCGAAGAAGCCCAGCCGGACCCCAUAUACACACACUGUGUCCGCAUCCUGGGAGAGAAGCUCUCCACCGACCUCGCCACCCAACACCACAAGUGCCUGACUGUCCGCUUCGAGUACAGCGGUAAACACACCGUCCCGCAGGUCCUGGGCACUGCUCGGCACUACAAGAUCAAGGCGCGAGACCCAGACUUUGACGAUGCCGUCGUGGACCUGUUCUGUCAUUUUCACAAGUUUGAGAGAUAUCAACUCAACCCCGAGUCUCUGACGAUCAGAAUCGGGGAGCAGGGAAACGACGUGAUGGCAUGCAAACGCAACCUCCAGGCCGCCCUCUCACGUAACGCUGCCGUCCUGGGUAGUCCCGAGGGUGGUGAUGGGAUGGGCCUUAGUGUCCCAAACACCCCUGACCAGCUACCACGUGGUUCAAGCUUAGAGUCUUUAAUGGAGGGGGAGUAUGCGAUAGAAGGGGAUACUCAGAGUGCGUCUCUGGAUUCAGUCAAUCUAGAUGAAAUAUCCCAGUUUAACAAUUACCUUGACGAUAGAUAUGGCCAACUUUCACCAACUGCCUGUAUGUACAAUGCCGAUGCCUGCUCAGCUAAUGUCAGUUCCCUUCCAGUGCAUGGCACUGAAGGUUCAACCGGGGUAGCCGUUAUAGGAGAGGGUGGGUCUAUAGCUGACGUUCCGACGAAUCGCACAUAUGCUCAUGCACACCAUGCAGUAGAAAUGAAUUCUACCCAUAUUGGGAUGGGCAAUCUGGGGGAUUUUGAAGUUGACGACUAUAGAACUAUUGCUGGGCAUCGAGCUGAUCAUUUUCAACAUAUAGAAGGUUGUGUCCAAACGAGUUUUAAAACACCAGACCAGGUCCCCCAAGAACAGAGCCUUUCGUUUGAUAAUACAGACCAAGUACCUGCGUUCUCGGCUCACGACACUGGGUAUCACUCUUCCCAGAAUAAAGUGGAAGUAGUUUCCCCAAAUUUCCCUCCGUAUCCAUUCCGACACUUCCCGUAUGCAGGCCAUGCGUCCUAUUCCCAGAGACGUCCUCUCCCAAGUGAAGAACAGUCAGUGCGUCACGAGACAGACACGUCAGAUGCUAACAGAGCGAACGGAAGAUUACAUUUUACAGAAGGGGGACAUCAUACAGCCGGUCAGUAUCCAUCCCUUCAAGUAGGCCCAAUGGUAGAAACUUCCCCUUCCCACGCCACGGUGUCUUCCCCCUCCCGACCGUACUUACAAUGUCCUCCGCCCGGGCCACCUUCGGGUUUACCCCGGGCCGAGUCUCCUCCUCUGAACGGGGGAUUACCAAAGUUACCUCCUCCCUCCAGUAACUUUAACAUUAUGGACCAGUUGUCUCAGUUAAACAGAGAUUCACAGUUAAGGUAUAUGGAGAAGGACAGCGGGCAGUCUUACAGAGAAACUAGGUUUUGAAGGGAAUUAUAUCCUAGACUAAGUAACAGAAUAAGUCUAAUGUAUAUAUGAGUGCUGCUUGUAGAUGCCUGUACUGUAGAUAUUGUCGAUGCUUUGGUUAGAUGUAUGUAUGAGUCUAUGAAUCAUUGAGCCUGAAAUAACAAAAAAAAAUUUGAAUCAAUAAAAAUUUAGUUUUCAG